AACCACACUGCAGCCAUCUGGCACUGAGAGGCCUCUGAUUUGUGGAUUACUGGAUGGAAAUGUCUGAUACAGUUAAACCUCUGACCUCCUUCCUCAUAGAGGACAUCCUCUCCAUUAAGGACAACACAAGAUUUAACGGCAGAUGCUGUUCACAGAAGAUGGAAAGAUGUUCACAGUGGAAAGAAGAAUCUGAAAAGUUGGCAGAGAAACUCUGUCCUCAGGAGACAGUGUUUGGAGUGCAGACAGAGUCUCUGGACACAUCCUGUCCUAGCACCUCGGGCUCCAGCGGUUUUUCUUCCACGGGGAAACAGAAACGUUCCAGAGCUGCAUUCACACAUCUUCAAGUGCUUGAACUGGAAAAGAAAUUUAACCACCAGAAAUACCUGUCCGCCCCGGAGAGGGCUCACCUGGCCAACACAUUAAGACUAACUGAGACCCAGGUGAAAAUCUGGUUUCAGAACCGGAGGUAUAAAACAAAACGAAAGCAGCAAACGUCAGAGUUCUGUAAGGAAGUGUACAAAGCAGAGGGACUGAGCCUGAGAGAGGAUUUGGUCCGAUCAUCACUGAUCACCUCCUUCUGCAAAGCUUAUCAAUACAGACCAUACCUGUGGGACUACAGUGGCCCCUGGGGGCCAACGUUAUGGUGAAAGUGAAAGGAUGUAUGAAGCUAUGAUUUCAAAUCAUAAACACAUGUUUAGUAUUCCUGAUAUUUAGGCUCAAAGUUGAUUCUUUGUUAUUUGACACUGAAUCCAGUGUUUGACCACGUGUUACCUUCACCACUUUGCCUUUUAAAAUGGUUUGGCUCAUAAACAAUUGUUAUACAAAAAUCACACUAAUCUUGUUGUAUGGACAUGAUGUGGUUUUAUGCAAAAAACCACGUGAUCAAUGAAUUUACUUGUGGCAUUGUUGAUUAAUUCAUUAAAAAAAAUUAUGCUAAUACA